UUCUCAUGGCCGAGGCGAGCCCCCCGCUGCGGCUGAAGGAGUGGCUGAUCGCGCAGGUGGAGAGCGGGCGCUACCCGGGGCUGCGCUGGGAGGACCGCGAGCGGCAGCUCUUCCGCAUCCCCUGGAAGCACGCCGCCAAGCAAGACUACCGGCAGCGGGAGGACGCCGCGCUUUUCAAGGCCUGGGCCAUCCACAAAGGCAAGUUCCACGAAGGGCUGGACAAGGCGGACCCGUCGGUCUGGAAGACGCGCCUGCGCUGCGCCCUCAACAAGAGCGUCGACUUCCAGGAGGUGCCCGAGCGGAGCCACCUUGACAUCUCCGAACCCUACAAGGUCUACCGCGUCGUCUCGCCGCAGGAAGCCCAUGAUGCCGACAAGGAAAACGGCAAGGAGACCAUCCUGGAUCCUGCCCAGCCCUCAGCCUCUGGGCACCAAGAGAGCAGAGCGGGCGGUCAGCUAAGCAAGGCCAACAUGUCCUCAGAGUCAGGCCAAGAGAGCACGGACGGCCCAGCGGGGACCUUUCAGGCGGCCUCAGCCCGACAGAAUGUGCAGAAGCCAAACCAAGACGAGCAACCAGGCUACCAAAUAAAAGGGUAUUUUUACAACUGGAACUUAGCGCAGCUACGCAGUCAUCCGGGUCUUCGUUUCGCGAGUCCUUGGACCCAGGGUCUGAAUCCUUCGUUUCCCGUGUCCCCCGAAAACGUCAAUUCAGAUUGCUGGCUGUACAUCCGCAUUUACUACACAAAAGUGCUGGUGAAAGAAGUCACCACCAACUCAGCAGAGGGGUGCCGGAUCACCUACUGCCCGGUGCCGGCCGAAGAUGAGUGCCUGUACGGUCCGAGCAGCAUCGAGCAGAUCCAGCUGCCCUCGCCGGAGGCCCUGGCUGGGAACGGCCGGGCGACCCAAAUGGCCGACAUCGUCCAGCGGCUGCUCCCCCACUUGCACCGGGGGGUUCUCCUUUGGGUGGCCCCCGAAGGGCUCUUCUUGAAGCGCCAGUGCCAAGGCCGGGUUUACUGGAAGGGCCCCCUGGCAGCCCACAGCGACCGACCCAACAAACUAGAGAGGGAGAAGACGUACAAGCUGAUGGACACACAGCAAUUCCUCCAGCAGUUACGAGGCUACUUGUGCUAUGGAGAGCAGCCCCCCCAGUACCAGAUUCGCCUCUGUUUCGGAGAGGAGUAUCCUGCCGCCCCUGGUCAGAGACUUCACAAGCUUAUCAUGGCCCAGGUGGAGCCGGCCUUUGCCCGCGAUCUCUUCCAACACGCCCAGCGGCUCGGGCCGGGGUCGCUGCCGGAUUCUGCGUCCUGCCCUUUGGCUGGUCCUGAGAAUAUUGUCCAGAUUCUGAAACAGAGGUGUCCUCCUUGACUCUGGAAUGAGGACGAGAUCGCUUUUUGGGGGACGUGAACGACAACUGUUGACGAGACGCCUCCUCUGGAAGAGAAGGUUUGGCCAUUCUCGGCAGCCUCCAGUUCUGCUGUCCAGGGUGUGUUUGUCGGACAUGUUUCCCAUCCUAAUUUUGGCCCGUCUGCCGCAUCUGAACCACCUAGACUGACGAGCUUCUGGAAUGUGUGCCAUGAACGUCUGUGAAAAUCGAAUCGAGCCACCUCGAAUGCUUUUUUACACCCCACCUCGUUUGGUAGAAAAACAACCGGGAAAUGUUUUUAAUGAAUAAA